GGCCCCGCCCCGGGGCAAAGGGUGACAGCUCCCGGUGCCGCCAUGGCGGGGCUCGCUCUGCGCCUGCUUCUCCUGCUGUGCGCCGCCGCGGGACCCGCGCUGGGCUGGGACCGACAGGGGAAGGUUCUGCUGCGGGAUGUUCAGGCGCUCACUCUCCGCAGAGGGCAAUACACAACAUCCAGGCGGACAGCUGCGGUCCCUCAGCUGCAGUGCACAGGAGGUUCUGCGGGCUGUUCCCGUGUCCCUGAGGUUGUUCAGUGUUACAACAAAGGAUGGGAUGGCUAUGAUGUACAGUGGCAGUGCAAAGCAGACUUGGAAAAUGCCUACCGUUUUGGACAACUGGAAGUCAGCUGUGAAGGCUACGAUUACCCGGAUGAUCCUUACAUACUAAGAGGCUCCUGUAGUUUGCUGUUCAGGCUAGAGCUGACUGAGGAAGGUGAAAGGAAAGUGAAGAACUCUGGAAGCUUUGGCUCUAGCUAUUACCAGCCAAGGAAAGAUUAUUCCGAUUCUGGUUCUGGAGCAAUUGUUGUAAUUGUCCUUCUCGUUCUUGCUUUUGGAGUAUACAAGUUCUUCCUCAGCAGUGACCAGUCUCAGCAGAGUUCUGGGCACAGUGAUGGCUUCUCUCAGCCCUUCUGGCAGAGGCAGCAGGCACCACCUCCUCCUGGUUUUAAGUCCGCCUUCACAGAUGACAACAGCUUUGGAACUCAUUCCCAUCAUGGAACCAGUUCAGGACCAGGAUUUUGGACUGGAUUAGGAGCAGGAGGCUUGCUAGGCUACCUGGCAGGCAGUCACAGAGCGCAGCCGCGUUCCCCGUAUCACAGUAUGUGGACAGAUCCCACAGCUGUACCUCCUAUGCAUGGGCACUCAAGGAAUUCCACAGAAGGCAGCAGUUCAGGAACAAGGACUGCUUCUGGCUUUGGGGGCACAAAGCGAAGAUGAAAUCCUUGACAUUCUGACAUCAGAGUGAUUGAACUAAAUCUUGCUGUGUACUUGUACUUCUUUUAGUAGUAGUAUACUUCAGAAGUGGAUAUGAGGUAUGAAGGACUAGACAAAGAAUUCCUUCCUUUCUCUGUGGACUCUCACUGCUAUUUGAGGUAUCACAGGUGCUGGAACAUCCACUGUUUCAAAUCAGCAGCAUCUCCUACAGAACAAGCUCAUCCAAGUUAGGAAGAAUGAUGUUAGAGUGACUGUGUAUCUGUCUGUACUUGAGGUAUUAUGGCAUUGAUAGCCUUACCAGAUUUUCAAAGCGUGUAUCUUACUACUCAUGUUCUGGGCUUAAUUUAAUUUGAUCCAGAAUUUCUGAUUUGGUUUUUUUUUCCUCUUUCCUGGUAGUCCAGCAUCUGCUUGGUACAUGAAGAGUGCUGUUCUUUGAAGCUACUUUUGUUUGCCUUUGCAGAAUUCAUGUGAACUUUAUUGUUAGCACGGUUAUCAUCUACUCAGAUAAGUGCUGGAGAUCUUCCUCAGUGGACAAGAGCAUAACCGUGUAUAAAGAGACUAACAUUCGCAUGUUUGUAUCUGUGCUAUGUGACUGUUGGAGCAAAAAUGUGGAGGUUCAUGGAUUCUCCAUGUCAUAGAGUUUAUCCAAGGUGACUGUGUAAACCUAGGGGACUUUGUUGUCUUUAACUUAAAAGUGACCUGGAAAUUUGGACCUUUUUUCUGGAAGACUGAGGUAAUUUAAAUUUAGGUGAUUACAGACUUUUUGCCUGCAUUGAGGCCACAGAUUUUCCAUUUAAUGGUGGAUGUUGGCAAUGCUGUGAAAACUUGUGAUGUGUACGGUCUGUCCUGCUAAAACACCUGUCCAAGGCGCAGUAAACCAAAGCUGCUCAUUGCAAAAGGGAAGGGAAUGUUCUCAUUGCAAAGAUGAUAGAAUGUCUGAGACACAGCUGGCCUUGAUACUAAGCAAAGAAAAGAAAUUGAAUAUCGAAGGGGAGGUAAACUUCCCCAAAUGUGCUUUUUAAAAACAAAGUGCUGUCAAAGAGAGGAAAGCAGAGAGGCCUUGUUUUGUUCUGUGAUAAUAUUUUGGGGCCUCUGUGAAGUGUCAUACAGUUCUUGGGUGACUUAUUAUCUCCUGGAAGAGGCAUUGGUAGAUAAAAAGCAGAGAAAUUCUUCAGGAUUGUGGGGAGAGGAGUGAAAAAUGGGCUGCUUGAUCACCAGCUCUUCUCCAGAGUCCAUCCAAACAGAGUGUAGAAGUGUAUGCUGGCAGCAGCCAGAGAAGCGUUGUCUUUCAGCCUUGUGAAAAUACUGUGUCUGGGAAUUGAUAUCAGCUCUUACAGUGAAAGCAAAGCACUGUUCAGCUGAUACAGACUGCAUCUCCACAAGGAGAUUAGGUAGGUCUGGUUAGUCUGAGAAAGUGACUUCAGCAUAACUCAGGGAAAAGCAACCAUGUCCAUUCAUGAGUGCAGAACGAAUUACGGUGACACCCAAGUUCAGUGUAUGGCUUAAGCGACCAAAAGAGAGAAAACAAAAAAAAAAAGAAAAGGAAAAGAUACAAGGAAAUCUCAUAAAUCUUUAUGAAGUCGACAGUGAGAAGAAGUGCUUCAUGAAAACGUCCUUGUACUAAAAGUGUUAUUUUGAUAGUAUCAAAUCAAAUUGAUAAGUUGAGAAUGAAAUGAUGGUUUGCUUCUCAGAGUUACCUGAGGGUUGGGGGAAAAUAACUGCAUUAAUAGCCUGCACUAUGAAGCUAAAAAGGGAGGGAAAUGGCAAAGACCUUACUGAUGGCCUCCCAGAAAGCUGUACUUUUUAUGAGAAGUCUAUAGUGAAUCUCUUAUCUUUAUGACAAAGUGUAGCAAAAGAAUAUAUUUUAAAUAUGGAGUUCUUACUUAUUUCUAAGUGUAUUCAAGUUAAGGUUGUUACAGUCAAUAUUUGCUCUGCCAACUAAUUGCGUAACAAUGAAACUGGAUUUUUUCUAACUGGAUCGUUUGAAGCCGAAGUUUGCUCUUAAAUUACUAAAUUACUUAAAUUACAUUGCUGUGAAAUGUUUUAGACAGUGUUUUCAUUUGUAUUUAUGUAUUUAUAGUUGCUGCAUGAAGUGUGAUUUGAUAAAUCUGAUGCAUAAAUCUACCAUUGCUUCUGGAUCUGUUUGGAUGUGUUUGCCCUUCCCUCUGAUAAACGAAUGAAAUAAGUGAAUAAGGACAGUUCUUGUCUUUAAAUCACUAUCUCGAGACCUGCAGGGAUGGCAUAUAUUGUUUAUUUUCUCAGAGUUCUCUGUCUCAUCAUCUACUUCCCAAGUAAAUAAUAUCAUCCUUUACCCCCAGAUGCAGAGUGGUAAGCUGUAUGCUGUUUCAAUAAAAUAAAACAAUAUUGGGACUAGA